AUGGUCCAAAUCAGUGAAGUGAAGGGCAACUCGCGCGAGAACAGAACCGCAGCCCACACGCAUAUCAAGGGUCUUGGUCUACGACAAGAUGGCACCGCGGAGGCUUCAGGAGACGGUUUUGUUGGACAGGCAACUGCCCGUGAGGCAUGCGGUGUCGUUGUUGACUUGAUCAAGGCGAAGAAGAUGGCCGGUCGGGCUGUCCUUCUGGCUGGUGGACCCGGAACUGGAAAGACUGCCCUGGCCCUCGCCGUGUCGCAGGAGCUGGGAACCAAAGUCCCGUUCUGUCCGAUCGUUGGUAGUGAGAUUUACUCUGCUGAGGUCAAGAAAACAGAGGCGCUCAUGGAGAACUUCCGGAGGGCAAUCGGUCUCCGUGUUCGCGAAACGAAGGAAGUAUACGAAGGUGAAGUGACGGAACUCACCCCCGAAGAGACGGAGAACCCUCUGGGAGGAUACGGACGCACGAUCAGCCAUCUCAUCAUCGGUCUGAAAUCCGCCAAGGGUACCAAGAAGCUGCGCCUGGACCCCAGCAUCUACGAAGCCAUCCAAAAGGAGCGUGUCACCGUGGGAGACGUCAUUUACAUCGAAGCGAAUACUGGAGCCUGCAAGCGUGUCGGACGGUCCGACGCCUACGCCACUGAGUUCGAUCUUGAAGCUGAGGAGUACGUGCCCGUACCGAAGGGAGAGGUCCACAAGAAGAAGGAAAUCGUCCAGGAUGUGACACUGCACGAUCUGGACAUGGCCAAUGCGCGGCCCCAGGGUGGACAGGAUGUGAUGAGCAUGAUGGGACAGCUCAUGAAGCCCAAGAAGACCGAGAUUACGGAGAAGUUACGCCAGGAGAUUAACAAGGUCGUCAACCGCUACAUCGACCAGGGCGUUGCGGAGCUCGUUCCCGGUGUCCUCUUCAUCGACGAGGUUCACAUGCUCGACAUUGAAUGCUUCACAUACCUCAACCGUGCCCUCGAGUCUUCUAUCUCCCCCAUUGUCAUUCUUGCCUCUAACCGCGGAAACACCGUCAUCCGCGGCACCGACGACAUCUCCGCCGCCCACGGCAUCCCUCCCGACCUUCUCGCCCGUCUCCUCAUCAUCCCCACCCACCCUUACUCUCCCGAUGAGAUCAAGACCAUCAUUCGCCUGCGCGCCAAGACGGAAGGCCUCAGCAUCACCGACCCCGCCCUGGACAAGGUCUCCGAGCAUGGCAGCAAGGUCAGCUUGCGGUAUGCCCUGCAAUUACUUACCCCGGCUAGCAUCCUCGCCAAGGUAAAUGGACGCCCAGGCGGUAUCGAGGAAGCCGACGUGGCAGAGUGCGAAGACCUGUUCCUUGAUGCGCGGAGGAGCGCCACGAUCGUGAACCAGGAUAGUGAGAAGUAUCUCAAAUAA